AUGACACAGCUAUUGAAUUCAGAGACAGGCCUCAGUCAAAAAGUGACAUUAACAGAUGCAGAAAUGCUCAAAAAAGUUUUGACAGAUGUCCGUUUUGCUGAUGAGCUUACCGUCAUGAUAUACAACAUAAUGGUGUCAGAAACUGUGACAGAUUCUAUGACACUGUUAUAUGCUCUUGAGCAAUUAUAUAUUGGAAAAUAUAAAAAGAAAAUCUGUGAUAUUGCAGAACUAAACAUUCAUGUGGUAGGUGCUGAUGGUAUGAGAGAACUUCUGUAUCUGACUCAUUGGGAAUAUAUUGCUCAUCGUUUGCCAAACCUGAAGAAAUUUAGAGUAUCAUUUGUAGGUCCAGAAGCUGUUCCUCUUAUGGAUGAUCCAGUUCCAGAGGAUGUUGUUUAUAGUAAUGGUGAAUUCCCUGUUUGUAAAGAGUGUAAACAGAGUGACAGGGAGUUUGAGUAUAGGUUCUGUAAUGUGCUUUAUCACCAGUAUGUCAAAAAGAAGCAUUUUUUCAAGCCUGAUGCAGUUAUAGCAUACAACUGUGGAUUUCAUGCACAUUCUGAAUCAGAAAUGUACACAUGGCCACAGAGUCUGAAGCUCAUUAUCUCAGAUCCUGAUAUUCCUCUGAUAUUUACAUCCUUCUCCAAGGAAGAGGCUGAUAAAGAACUUAAAGUUUUGGAGCAUUUACAAGAUAUAAACAUUACGCUUCCUUCUCACCCUAAUCCAUUUAAAAGUCUGAGACCACUUCGUGACUUUAGUAGGGAUAACAACUGCCAUGUGUAUUAUGUCAAUAAUUAUAUUACUUGUGUUAAUGGAGAGAAAAUAUGUAAUUAG